AUGCCUUAUUAUCUCUCAAUUUUAAAUAGUAUUGCUUUAUUUUUAAUUUUCCCAAUUAAUAUAUUUUUAUUUAUAUUCCAUCAUAAUUCUUGGAUACAAACUUUUUUUUUAUUAUUUUUAAUAGUUUUUUCUAUUUUUUUAUUUUCUAUUAAUAUUUUCGAAUUAUAUUUACCUAAAAAGAGAAUAAUUACAUUUAUAGAAGAAUUAAAUAAUGAAUAUUCAAAUAGAUUAAUUUCAUUUCAUAUUAAUCAAGAAGAGGACAUUGUUUUAUUAUAUCCAUUACCAGAUCAUUUUUAUAAAAAUGUUCCUUUCCCUUUUUUCCAAAUACAUCAACCAAUUCAACAAGAUCAAAAUCAACAAUUACAGGAACCAUUACCUGGUAAACAAUACCAAGAGCAACAAAAACAUGAAACAUAUACUUCAAUUGAUUUUCAACCAAUUAUUGAAACAAAUCAAUAUUCCGAGCCAUUGUUAUCAGAAAUUGAAGAAUAUACUCCAAUAGAUUUAAAAGAACAAAUUUAA